AUGCCGGGUGUCUCCAGGGACGAAGGAGGGGCACAGGCCAACCGCCGAGCAACACCAAACAGCCGACGACGACCUCUCCCCAGCCUCCCAACCACCCGAUCACAACCAGAACCAGAAGAUGCCGACCAAUCCGCCGUAGCAGCAGAGAGCUCGAGCCCCUCCUCGGACACCUCCAGCGAAGAUGACGAACCCGCUGCCGCCGCCGCCGCCGCUGCCGACGUCCCUCCCCCGCCGCCGACCUCGAUGGCGAAGCAAGAAGCCGCCUGGUGGGCCAUGAGUUUCGAAGAGCUGUUCCAGUACGCCCGCGAGUACUACCGCACCCAGGGCCACGCGGCGCGCGGCGCCCCGCGGUGGAAGAGCGGCCGCGUGCGGAUCAUCAAGUGGCUGUGCGACAACCACGGCAUCAGGCAGUACGUGGCGCCGUCGAGGCCUGCCCGCGUCGACGACGACGCCCCGCCCGUGGACCAGAGCCCCGUGGUGCGGCCCACGGGGGCCAUCUCGCACCCGGAAGCGAUCCUCCGGACCUCGGAUCCGGAGCUGCAGCAGAAGAUCGCGCAGGCCGCCGCCGGCUACAGGAAGUGGCCGGCCACGGCGCUGGUGGAGCUCGCGAUGCAGCGCUCGUACCAGCUGCUGAAGGAUAGCCACGGGAAGCUGCCGUCCAAGUCGGUGGCUGCCAUCUCGGACUGGCUCGCGGCCUGGGACGUCCUGAAGAGUGAGAGGGAGAAGAAGUGGUGGUUGGGUGACGGCAUCGAUCUGGUGAACAAGGCCAAGGCGAUCGGUUAUGAGGGCAGCUCGAAGAAGUACGAUGUUAUCCUCUGGCUGAGAAACACGCCCGAGGAGGUGGAUGGGGAGAUUGAGCACGUGGCGGCGCCGACGGACAACAAGGCUGCGAAUGAAAAGAAGAGGAAGGCGGAGAGAGAGGGGGAGGGGGAGGGGGAGCCGGUCAAGACGCAAAGUAAGAGGCCGGCGAAGGGGAGUAUGAGACCCGGAGGCUGGCAGGCUACUCCUGGCAGCUUGAAAUCGAAGAGGCAGGGCCAGCGGGGAGUAUAA